AUGCAACCGAAUCGAGAAGGACUGAGGCUGGCAACGGUGCUACUGGCCGCUGCCAAUAUUGUCAUCCCCAUCGCGAUUCUAACUUUUGCAAAGGGUUUCUUUCCGUACAAGCCAUCGCUGCCGGGAUUGUCCAAGUAUGAGGAUGUCGAACUGGGACUGGGGCCUACCCCGGAUGCACCGUUUGACAAGUUGAUUUUCAUGGUGGUGGACGCAUUAAGAAGACUUAUCCGCAGUGGCAGUGCUAUUCCAUUCACGGCGCAUGCAACCUCUCCCACGGUUACCAUGCCCAGGAUCAAGGCCAUUACCACAGGGUCUAUUCCAUCCUUCCUUGAUGUCAUUCUCAACAUCAACGAGGGUGACGAAAGCUCAUCACUGGCUUCUCAAGACACCUGGCUGGCGCAGAUGAAAGCAAAGGCGACGGGCAAGCUCGUCAUGCAUGGAGACGAUACAUGGCUAAAGCUGUUCCCCGGCACCUUCGACCGUGCAGAUGGCACUUCCAGCUUUUUUGUGGCUGACUUUACCGAAGUGGAUAACAAUGUGACGCGUCAUAUUACUCCGGAACUGAACAAUGAAGACUGGAGUACACUGGUCCUCCAUUAUCUUGGUCUGGACCAUAUAGGGCACAAAGGCGGUCCGAGAAGUCCUUAUAUGCUUCCAAAGCAGCGCGAAAUGGAUCACGUCAUCAAAGAGAUCUAUUCAGCCAUCGACUCCAAGCCAGCUCUUCAGUCCACGUUGCUAGUUGUUUGUGGAGAUCAUGGCAUGAAUGACGCCGGCAACCAUGGAGCCUCUUCCCCUGGAGAGACUUCCCCGGCGCUUGUCUUCAUGUCUCCGAAAUUCAAAGCGUUGCAGAAUAGCUACACCGCUCCAAUGCCGUACAAGGAAGACUUUAGAUACUACAACGUUGUCGAACAGUCUGAUAUGGCUCCGACGUUAGGAGCUCUCCUUGGCUUCCCUGUACCCAAAAAUAACCUGGGUGCACUGAUUCCCGAGUUCUUACCAUUCUGGCCUUCUCGUCGAGACAAGACCCAACUGCUGCUGCGCAAUGCGCACCAGAUUUUAGGCAUCGUUGAAGCUACCUAUGGGGAAAAGCUAUUCACGGGCAGUCUUCCAGAGGAAAUCUGUAUCCACGGAAAGUCAGCUAUGGGCGCUUUAGCCUGUGAAUGGAAGAAAAUCCUCGAAGCUGCGGGUGAUGAAGUGACGUCUGAUCGCGAGUUCGACGCUGAAUGGGUGCCUCGUACUGUUGCUUGGCUUCGAGAAGCACAGGGCAUCAUGAGCAGCAUGGCCAGCAACUACGACAUGCAGAAGCUCAAACUCGGCCAGAGCAUGUCUGUCGCAGCAAUUGGUCUCACUCUUGGAGUGCCGUAUCUUCUCGGAGACGAACCACGGUCCUACAUUCCAUUGUCUUUGAUCAGAGUGUUUUACAGCAUUAUGAUGUUUGCAAGCAGUUAUGUGGAAGAAGAACACCAUUUUUGGUACUGGUUCACCACUGCUUGGCUCGCGUAUAUCGGAUUCAGGCGACUAUAUUUUGGCAGUGCAGGGCUUUCAGCCGGCGAAAUCGUGUCUAUAAUGGUAGGUCUGUUGGCGAUGAGACUCUUGAGAAGCUGGAACCAGACAGGCCAAAAGUUUGCCGGCGAUCCGGAUAUUGUCAAGAUCUUCUUGAAGCCACACCCGACCCUCCUUUGGACCUUGAUACUCGUCACUUAUUUCUGGAUUUACCGUGAGCUGCUCAGGGGCUUUAGUGGUCUGCCAACACCCAUCAACAUCACGGGUACCACCACAAUUGUCCUGGCUGCUUUGUCCUUCAAGCUGGCAUUUACAUACGAAGAAUCCCCCGAGAUAGUGCCUGGUUUUGCCCGGACAUUACUCAAAUUUACUGCAGGGGCAUCACUAUUGAACCGCGCUCGUGUUGUGUUUGUUGGCCUAGCCGUUGGUACUGCCUGGGUGAUUUUCUCCAUGGUCACCAAGCUUGGCCGGUCAAAGAAAGCCACAGGCUCCGCAACACUACACCACCUCUUUACCCUCCUCGCCAUGACGCAGUCCCGCGCCACCAACGUGCCCCUGUUUCUCAUCCUCGACGUCAUCUUCAAAUUCAUCAGCUCCCAGCCUCUCACGCCAGAGGAGUUAUCCACCACAACCCUCCUGCUCCAGUUUGCCACAUUCUUUGCCAUUGGCGGCACAAACUCCAUCUCGUCCGUCGACCUGUCCAGCGCGUACAAUGGCAUCUCGGACUUCAACGUCGUCGCCGUCGGCAUCCUGACCUUUAUCGGCAACUGGGCCGGCCCCAUGUACUGGACUUUUGCGACAAACACACUGCUGUUACGCAAGACCAAGGCCGGCGCCAGCCUUGUCUUUCCUCGGCACGUCGCCGUGCUGACUAUGUUUACUGCAGCUAGCGUCGGCGCCAUCAUGGUCGCCUGCACGGUUAUGCGCACGCACCUCUUCAUCUGGACCGUUUUCUCCCCCAAGUACCUCUACUGCAUGGCGUGGGCUUUUGGUCAGCACUUGGUCGUCAAUGUCGGUCUCGGCGGACUGCUGUACUGGCUGGGCUUGCUUUGA